AAGUGUUUUAAAUUUUCUAGUCGUGAGCAAAAAUUUAUAAUAAAGUGUGAAAACUGUGUUAAGUGCUCAUAUACAAAAAUUACCAACAGGUAGAGCCUAUAGCAUGUUUUUUCUAAAAGUUAUCUUUCUGGACUUGUAGUUACAUUCGAUGUAGGCUAAUAAAAUAUUCAUUCUGCAUUAAAUACCGAAAGCAUAGCUAUUUACUUAGAACCCUAUUAGUUAACUGUAGAUGUUAUCUCAUGGCUAGUUAACUAUCAGACAGUAUUUUGGUAGAAAUAUGCAAUCAACAACGCCUAAAGACGUUAUUCGCCUAGAACCUUUGGGGAAAUUUAGACAAAAUCAGAAUGGCAAUAUUAAAUAUCAAGGUACAAGUCAUGCACAAAUCACACACUCCAUUUGUCAAUCAUCUCCCCUUAUUCAUAACUCCUGUGACACAGGUGGUGUUGCAGGAAAUGAUAGUCCGACUGGUCAACCUCAAAAGAAGACGCUCUACGAAAAUAAUGGCGUGGCUACUUGCAGCCAUAACAGAGCUCUCUGUAUUGCAACUAUCGUCUUUGCUCUUCUUUUUACUAUUGCCAUUAUCAUCGCAUUUACUGGACCACAAAGCGAAUGCACAUGUGCCGGAGAAAAGCCGCCAAAUUAUGUGGGCGAAGAAUCAAACUUGACACGCGCGUUUAUUCCUAAAGCUACAAAUGGUCAAAUCUUCCCUUGGAACAGCAUACGUCUUCCGACCACCUUAAAACCUUCCAGAUAUAAUUUAACUAUUCAUCCCAAUUUAACUACUUUAGAAGUAAGAGGUCAAAUUUCUAUAGAAUUUCACUGCGACAAGGAAACAAACUUUAUAGUAUUACAUGGUCAUAACUUGACAAUUUUGGAUAAAAUAAUUCAAGAUAGAAGAGGGCAUAAUUUGACUAUUGUUAAAUUAUUAGAAUAUAUCAGAGGGCAGCAAAUCUAUAUCGAGAUUAAAGAGAAGUUUAAGAAGAAACAUAAUUAUACCUUAAAAAUAAGAUUUAACACUAAGUUACAUCACGGACAGGAAGGAUUUUAUAUCACAGGUUAUACGGGUGCUGAUGGUGAAAAGAGAUAUUUGGCUGCCACGCACUUUCAGCCCACAUUUGCCAGAACUGCCUUCCCAUGUUUUGAUGAACCCCAUUUUAAGGCUAAAUUUAAAUUAACUAUUUUUAGAGACAGAUUUCAUAUUGCGCUUUUUAAUACACCAGUCGUCAAUACAGAUGAUCUCGGAUUUUAUAUGGGUACUGGUUUACUAAGGGAUGAUUUUCAAGAAACCGUGGAAAUAAGUACCUACUUAAUAGCCUUUGUUAUAUGUGAUUAUACAAAUAUAAGAAACCAAACUGAGAGAGGCGUCUCAGUGUCAGUAUACAGCACUUUGCCUUCUAAAGAAAAUGCUAAACUAGCAUUAAAUUCUGCUGUACGUUCUUUGGAAUUUUUUGAAGAUUUCUUUGGUAUUCCCUAUUCUUUACCAAAAUUAGACCUGGUAUCCAUCCCAGCAUUUUCGGAAAUUGCUAUGGAAAAUUGGGGAUUAAUAACAUAUAGAGAGACAUCUUCAACUAGUUUACAGGAGAGAUACACAUCUGCUGAACAAUGGAUAACAACAACCAUCACUCAUCAAAUUAUACAUCAGUGGCUUGGCAACUUGGUCACAAUGAAAUGGUGGACAGACUUAUGGCUUUAUGAAGGGUUGACAACAUACCUUGAAUAUUUAGGAGUAAACAAUUAUUUUUCAGCUUGGAAGAUGAUGGAUCAGUUCAUGAUUGAUAAAAUCCAAGUGGCAAUGGAUUUAGAUGCUCUAGUUAGUAGUCAUCCGAUAAAUAUUGCUGUUCGAGAUCCUUAUGAAAUUGAAGAUAUUUUUGAUACUAUUUCUUAUAGCAAGGGAGCUGCCAUUAUACAUAUGCUAAGUAACUUUUUACCAGAAUAUACUUUACAAAAUGGCCUCAAUAGUUAUCUUUCUACAUACAAGUAUAAUGUAGCCGAAACAAAGGAUUUAUGGAAUAUUUUAACCGAAAGUACGAAUCAUACAUUAGAUGUUAAAACCAUCAUGGAAACUUGGACUGAGCAAAUGGGAUUUCCAUUAAUAACACUAACUCUCGAAGGACGAGAAAUAGUCGCCACACAAAAGAGGUUCUUAUUAUCAAUAAAAAGUGAAAAUGAAACAUCUUUAGUGAAAACAAAAUACGAUUAUAAGUGGUACGUUCCAUUGACGUAUAUAACAAAUAAUGAUAGUGAAAUAAAUAUGAUUUGGAUGAACUUGACCCAAGUCAGAUUUGAGGCACCAGGAGAUUUAAAAUGGAUCAAAGCAAACGUAAAUCAAUCAGGAUUUUACCGAGUAAUGUAUGAAGCAGAUAUGUGGCAAUCUUUAAUUACUCUUUUAAAAAACAAUCACACAAUGUUUAGUGCUGCCGACAGAGCAAACCUUAUAGACGAUGCAUUUACUUUAUGCAGAGCUGGAAUUCUAAACGCAACUAUCCCUCUUGAAUUAUCUGCUUAUUUAGUGAAAGAAACUGACUACCUUCCUUGGGGGGUUGCUAUUAAACAUUUUAAAAAUUGGGCCAGAAGAAUGUCCGAAUCACUGCCAUAUAAACUUUUCCUUAGCUAUAUGAGGAAUUUGCUACGUCCAAUUACAAAAUACGUCGGAUGGAAAGAUUCCAAUGACAAUGUAAAACGACUUCUAAGAAGGAAAGUUCUUUCUGCGGCUGUUCUAUGCGAAUUAAAUGAAACAAUUGCAGAAGCAAAGACGUUAUUCCAAAAGUGGAUGAUUAGUAAUGAAACUAUUGAUCCGAAUUUAAAAGAAGUCGUCUUUUCCGCGGGAAUUAAAUUCGGUGGUAUGGCCGAAUGGCAGUUUUGUUGGAAUACUUAUAAUAGUACGCCAUCAGAAACUGAAAAGAAACUACUUCUGAAAGCGCUAGGUCAACCUAGAGGCGAUCCAUGGUUAUUACAAAGAUAUUUGAUAGAAACUCUAGACAAGAACUCAAUAAGGUCUGAAGAUGUUAAAAUAGUCUUGGCUGUUGUGGCAGCAAACCCCGAAGGAAAACUUUUAGCCUGGAGACAUCUAAAAGCUUACUGGCCUACAAUGCAUUCAAUGUUUGGAAAUUCUAGCAAUAUGAUGGGCAGCCUUAUAUCAGCUGUUACAGCACAUCUGUCAACUCCUUAUGAUUACUAUGAAGUUACAACAUACUUUAAUGGAAUGAAUAUUGGAUCAGCAUCAAGAACCUUAGAGCAAAGCCUUGAAAUUAUACAACUUAAUAUUAACUGGCUAAGCAAAAGUAAAGAAGAUAUUUAUACGUGGUUGAGGAAAAAUGCUAACAGUGUUUAAAUGAAUAAUCUACAUAUUUUUUACGUAAUCCUAUUGCAUCAAACACUUAAACUAGUAAUAUUAUUUGGCUUCAACCCGUAAAAAAUUACUUUAACGUUUGACAAAGUUUUCUGUUGCUUUAAAAAUGAUUAUAUUUAAGUCUUUGGUGCAAUUAAAUCUUUAUUGAGUGUCCAAACAAAAAAUAGAGUAAAUUAAGUUUCCUCCCAACUUGCCAUUAUUUUCUGAAAUUGCUAUUGACCACCAAAGAACAAACGGAUACAUGUUUUUAAAAUUUCAAUAAUUUUUAAGAACUGUAGACUAAAAUUUUUUCUUAGAUCUGUGCGUUUCCAUAAUGCUUAGAUCCGAUACGAUAUUAAUGGAGAGUUCCGAAAGAAAAAGUUACUUUACUCUGUCGUCGCACCAUUCUAUGCGUUCUAGGCAUAGAAUGCGUAGAAUGCAUUCUUUAAGCAUUCUAUGCUUGUGAUGAUCAAUGUAAUAAGUUACUUCAUGUUGCUAUGCACUAUUGGGUUGCUGCUAAGUGUGCUUAAUAUGAAAUACCGUUGGCCUCCGCCUUGCUUUGUCUGCUACCAAAUGAAUAACAAGUAAAUCUCAGCAAACCUAUUACAAUAAAACCGUACUUUUUAAAACUGAUUAUUAUCCUUAAAUGUAUGUACAUACAUAAACCUUUUAUAUGGUACAUUAGCACAAACAAAUAAGGAACGUUUAUCAUGUUCUAUUAUGUUAUGCUUGUUCUGCUUAUUGAUAAAUUAUAAUUACAAGCCACUCUUAUAAGCAUUAUAAUAUCUAAUAAUUUGAAAAUACAAUAGGUUUUAUAAACUGUGCUUUUUGAAAAAUCUGAUUAACUGCGCGCAUAUGAGAUUUUAAAUUAGAUAAAUACAUUAUGAUUAUAAAAUAUUUACUUGCUCAAGAGGCUGAGAGGUUACAUUUAUUUUUAAAUUUUAUAUACAUUUUAUAAAUAAAAAUAAAAUUAAACAAAUUGCAAUAAUGAGUUUUUAGUGUAAAAUGCAUAUGUGAAAUUUAUUUUUAAAAAAUAGGUUGGCGUAAAAGACAAAAGUAACUGGUUUUUUUUCUUUAAUAAAUAUGCGCCAAAUACUUCAUAUUUCUGAACAUUUUUCUAAUUAUACUUUCUCUUAAGGCUGAUUUAUAAAACAUAGGUCGAUAUGUUUCAAUUUGACAUAUUUUUUUUAGUUUUAGUUACGAUGUGUUAGGCGAGUAUGAAAUAUACCAUAAGAAGGAAAUAUUUAUAAUUUUGCAGGUCUUUUCAUUAUUCUUAUCUCUACAUCUAUAUUUUAGAUCCAAAACUAUUUAUUUAGAUACACCUUUUUCUGUGCAAUGAAAUUAACGUAAAUAGCAUGAGAAUAUAUGAGGAUCUUUAGAAACUGCAUUAAGCAGAAUCAGGACUUUCAGAUAUGCUGAAGUUAGGUAUUGUAAUUUUCUAUGCUCUUUUAUUUUAAAAAAAAUAUUAUAAACUUCUCGACAUCUUUUGAUGAAAAACGAUUUACUUUUAGUGUUUUCUAGUUAUUGGCUGUCGAAGAGUGACAGAAUGUUCGUGACGAAUCUUUUGACGCUUUAAAAUCUUAUUUCCUAAUAAGUUAUGCACAAUUAUAUUUUUGUCUCAUACUUAAAUGGAAUACAGUUGCUGGUAUCACGAGAAAAUUUAAAAUAAUAAGGAAUGUAAACUUCAAGUCAAAUGGAAAGGUCAGAAAUAUUUUAAUGGUAUGUCGCAGACCUUCUUAAGCUUUUAAACUUUUCCCUUAAUUGAUUCAUAUGUAGUUCUUAGAGGUCCUCCAAGUAUAUAGGGUGUCCGAAUUUGGUGAAGCAUAUGUACAAUCUGCGAAGCUGUUAGAGAAACUAAUUGAAAAACUGCACUGCGGUUGUCGGUUUCUUUAUUUUACAUUUUUCAGAACCAUCAUUCAUUUGUUCAUAGGGACGCCGUAUAAUGGAUUUAUAGUUUUAGGGUGCUAAUAUUGAUAUGGCUCAGCUUUUAUUUUUGCUUUUACUGCAAAGAUCUGUUUUAUGAGUCACCACAUUCACAUAGACAGAUGGAAAUAAAUAUUUCCUCUACCAGAUAAAUUCAAAAUUAAAUGCUAGAUUUAAGAGUAGCUUUGAUGCUGAACUUCAUGGAACCUAUUGACUCAUCAGGUUGUUGAACAGUAUUACUUUCUAUUUGAUUUGCCAUUAAUUUCUUUCAACAGUUUUACUAUGGGGGAUAUCCUGGGAUAGGAAUUUGCCUGUAGAUAUUUAGUCAUAUUCAGAAUUUAAGUCCUCGUUUUUAGUGCAGAUAGUCAUGGGUUGGUUGUAUAAUAUACUACUAAUCUAUAUAAACUGACAAGAUACUCUAAAUCCGUCGUGUCCAUACUUCAAUUAGUUUAUUGAUCACUAAGAUAUACUAAAAUAAAGCAAUACUGGUUGCGUGGUCAAUACGUGAUUUCGAUAUAUGAAGCUAUUAGUCGCUCCGGUGCCGAGUGACCAGCCGAUUGCCCGAGGCGAACGGCUCUCAUUUCAUUGAUAACCACAUAAAUGCGUGAUUCGAGUUUACAUCCAGCUUAUCUUAAAAAUAACCAAAGUUUAAAAGGUGCCACAGCAUGCCAUAUUUUAGCACGCGAUCUUGUGUGAAAUACGAAGAUUAUCAUUAUUCUAUUAACGUUACCAUAGACCGCGCUCUUAUAUUUCAAUUUAUUCCCAUACUGUUUACUAUUUUAUUCGUUACUUUGAUUAGACUUUUAUUGCAUUUAAAUGUAAAGUUAACUAAAUAAUUUUGUAUCAUCAAACGAUUUACAUUAAUAAAUUAUGUUUGUGUCUCAGAUGAUUAAAGUAUCGUCCCCAAAUCAAAAUCAAAACUUAGUAUGAGCUUUACAUGGCGCGGUGUUAUUCGCAUAUUCUUCAAACCGUUUAAUGUAGAUGCGUCCUACUACUGGAACCAGAAGUGUAUUAAUUGGAACGAGGGUUACGAAGACACACCUCUAAGAAGUUCAUCAUCCCUAUUAGUACUAGCGCUGGCUCUUUGAAUCUGUCACGGAUAAUGCUACGAAAUUUUCCUAUUGACAUAUUGGUGUAGACGCUACAUCGAAGCAUCCUAGCUUGUCUUUGGAACCUCAAACAUUAACUUGGAAAGAAAUUUCGUGAAUUCUUUAGUUUUAAAAGGAAUAGGAAGGUAGAGAAGGAUGCUAUAUUAGGGAGGUCGUACUUAUCGCAUCUGCAAAUCGAAAGAUUAUUUCUACGGUAGUUGUUGAAUUUUUUGAUAAAUGUCGAUAUUUUCUUCUAUUAAGAAGUUCUUCAAUAUUAGUCUUGUAGAUUUCUCAGUGCAUUGCUAUAGUAUUUGCAAUGAGCAUAUCUGCUAGAAGUUUGGUGCUAUCCCUUUUAAGGUUCCUUAGCUCUUAGUUUAUAGAUGAUAAUAAUUGGGAAUACAUGCCUAUCAAAACCUCGUAUAUAUGAAGACUACUAUGCAAGUCCGACAAAACACCUCCUGAACACAUGCAACAUCAAAUUCGGAUGAUUAUGAUCUUACCAAAGAAAACAAACAUUCCAUUACCUCCAAAAAUCUUCCCUGAUUAUAUUUCCAUUUUCUUCUAGUAUUAAGUUUAGUAGUUUUUGUAGGAUUUUCUACGCAAUGUUUAUUAACAAUAUUUUAAUAUUAUUGUUAAUAAACGUGGGAAAUAGUCGUUAGGCAACUAACGCACAAGCUUUUCUAAAAAGUAUCUUUUACCAUUUCUAGAACCUCAGAAUAGACUAUUUAAAUGCGAUAAAUAAUUUGUAUAAUGAUAUAUAAUUCUACUUAGUAUACAAUGUGUUUAGAAAUUAUACAAUUACCAGGUAUAAGUUGAGUAAUAGUUUGGAUUUGUAAAACUAUAACUUAAAUUCUUGUUACGUUUAAUGUUUUAUCACUAUUCUUAUUUUUUUAAAGAUAUUUUUUAUCAGAUUGUAUACUACAACUUUUUGGAUUUCUUCUAUAACUAACAAAGCAAUAAUUAAUAUUAUAGUAGCAAAUAUUGACCAGUUCCCAAAGACAAGCAUGAGCUAUGCAGUUUUUUAGGGUUGUGCAGUGACUAGCGCCGCUAUGUGGAAGAACUUGUCAACAUCGCAAAACUGUUCACCAGUCUAACAGGAGGAGAACAAAAAUUUAAAUAGUCCUAAGACUGUCAGAAAGCUUGCGUGCCCUAUAAAAGAGAGCUCUGAUAAGCGCACUUAUCCUGAGCUAUUUCCUACCUAAAGGAAAAUUUGUAUUGGACACCAACGCUAGCAAUGUGAGCGUAGAGCCGUCAAUGGAUAUUUUAAGUAUCGCGUUACGCGACAAAAAAUGCUUAAGGUUGUCAAAGCGAUGGAGCACUUCUACAAGUACUUCUAUAGGAGAAAGUUCCUGCUGCGAACUGACCAUGCAAAUUUAAAAAGACUUCUUUGGGAGUCUGUAGGAGUUUGACUUUGACACUGAAUAGCGAGCAGGCAGAAUCUAUAGAAAUGCAGAUACCCUAUCAAGAAGACCCUAUCCAGAGGGCAGCAAGCAUUGUCAGUGGGCAGAUUAAAAAGAUACUCAUUUGUUAAGAACCACCAUCGUCGACGAUACUUGGCAAAAUGGGGAUCUGAUAAAAGACCAAAAGGGUGAUCCCGAUAUCCAGACAGUUCUAAGCUGGAUAAAGAAAGGGAAAAAGACGGGAAGAAGUUCCAAAAUAUUGUUCCAAUGUCAAGUCAUAUUGAACACAAUGGUAUUCCCUAAUUUUGGAAGAUGGGCUCUUCUGGCAGCAAAUAAUUGAUCACGAUGGCAGAGGGGAAAAAAGGCAAAUUAUUUGAUUUAAAUAUCGGAUUUAGGAGUUGCCAGAGGAAAUCCAUGCCAAGUAAGAAAGAUAGAUGGGAAAACUGGAUCAAUAGCAAGGCAGACGUAAGGGACUGGUACAAGAAAUAGAGGCCGUAGAGAAAAUAGAAGGCUUUUGAUACGGCAAUACAACGUGGAGUCUCAUACAAGUCCCAUUGAAACUUGACCGUUUUCUGAAUCAGAAGCAGGGAAUAAAUAAAUCGUGGUCGUGAUAGACUAGGCAAAUGAGUUGAAGGAUACCCUUUAUAAUACCAAGAAGCCUCUACUGUCGCCAACGCUUUAUUAAAGAAAUUGACCUGCCGAUUUGGUGUACGCCAGUGAGCUGCGGAAAAGAAUUGACUUUAUUUGUGGUCAAGUCCGCAUUUCCAUUUAAGAUGCCAGCGAUCGAAUGAAGGACGCGGAUGAUGUAAAUUUUAAAGACCAGAGGUACAACAACAAUAACAUGGUUUAGCUUUAAUACCCUAAGAGCCGAAAGGAUCUGUCAUCGAAACUUCAAACAUCUUGGGAUAGGCUAUACAAAGUUCUGGUUAAAAGUUAACAACUUUCAAUAAGGAAUAAAUCCAUAAAUAUAAUAUAAAUUCUCUACUCAGUUUUGCUCCCAAGUUAACCACCCGAUUAAAAGCUUAAAAUGACAAUUAAAAAAAAGUCAGGAGCAUUUUCAAGUUGCUUUUUAAGUCGAAUUGCCAAAUAGACGACUUUUCUUAUGAGGCUCCAAUAGCUUCAGUUGAUGAUAGGUGGUUUUUCAUUAUGUAGGUAAAUAAAUUGCUAACUUAUUUAUCAAUAUAUGAAUCAAUCAAUGAAUUAUUAGUACAGUUGAACGACUAUGUAUAGUAAAAUUAUCAAAUUGUAUUUAAUACAAAUAUCAAGCAGUAACGUAAUGUUUAUUUUAUAAAUAGUUGCCCUGAUAAUUAGAGAAGUUAUUCAUGAAAAUCAUUCCUAUUGGAAAAUUUAUUAAUGCAUGUUAAUCGCUUCGUUAUUGUUAAGUCUUAAAGAGAUCGAAGUUCUACUGCUGUGUCUCUUAAUAUGCAAAUAUUUCCUUAGUCGUUUUCAUUGAACAAAUAUCGAACAGUGUAAAAAUUUUCUAUACACAUUUGACUUAAGGUCGCUGGAUGGUCAUGAGCGAAUAGAGGGAAUGAAAGAUCUUAACAAGAUCUUAGAAGAACAUAAUUCUUAUGGAAAAGUAAGCUUUAAGCCAUGGUUCCAUUAAUGCAGAAUAAUGCUGUCUUAAAGUUCAGGCACUGAGAGAAUAUCUGGAUGAUAUUGGCAUAGGUACCAAUAAUGGAAUGGCCCGCGGAUAGCCAAGAUCUUAAACCAAUUGAACAAUUUAAGGAGAAAGUCCAUUCUGAACAUUUGUUUUGAACUGUUCAAAAGCAGCUUAUACACGACUCUAGGAAAAGCGCUUUCCAUCUUUAUUUUUAACUUGAGAUUUGUUAUUGAUAGUUUACAUUAAGUUCCGCACUCCAGACCUAAGUCGAUAUACAAAAUAAUUUAAAAGGAAUAUUUAAAAAAAGAAAUAUUGGGGAAUACAUUUGAAAUUACAAUAAAUGGUCUGAAAAAUAAAAUUUUAACAAAAACGGAUGAAAAAGUCUAGAACAUGAAACUUUAAACAAAUUUUUUCAGUAGAGGCUUUUUUUACGAUAAGUGCACAUUCCUUAUAUCCUUUUUAAUCUAAAAAAUUAUAAAUUAUUCUAAACAAUUUUUAAUUAAUUUAUCUUGGCUAAGCUUUCCAUUCAGAUUAUUCACAAAAUUUAAUACUUUUUGAAUACAAAUAUAGAAUACCUAUUACAGAUAGAUCCUUGGUAAUAAAUAAUAAUUUUUUAACACAUUGUAUCAUAAUUUCACUAGAAAGUCAUAUUUUCUAUUUUUAUACCAGUAGAUGUAAUGUAA